GGCUGGCAAUGCUGCACGGGCAUCGGGCUCAGUUGGUGUUCCGGUUUCGGGUUGUGUUGUCAGUUGCCUUCUGCCUCCAUGCACAGCAGCUGAGGGAUUGAGCGGUUGAACGGUUGAGCGGUUGAGAGUGUGCCCAUCAGAGUCGGGAGUCGCGGCGCGUUGCCCGUGGUCGCAUUCGCAUAAGCAUUCGCAUCCCGUAUCCGUAUCCGUCUCCGCAUCCGUGUGUCCUGUGACCAUCGACAUGCAUCGCACAAAUAAUGGAUGUCAGAACUAGUAGAACGAAAAACUAUAUAUACUCGAUAUUUUAUACUAAGCAAUAUUUCAUUUGAUUGAGUGAGAUCCACACUAAACAAAAGAUUAUAUAAGUUCAGUAAACUAAAUUGGAAAAAUAACAAAUCCAGAAAUGUGAAAAUAAUACGGAAUAUACCGAAAACUUCUUAAACACAUAACCCGAAAGCUUAACAACAACGUUGCAGAGUCAGAAAAGAGAAAUUUAAAAAUAAAAACUAUAAUAUAAAAAAUUAAGAACAAAAAUAAACAAUUUAAACCUCUAAUAUAACCCAAAUAGUAAACCAUUUGGGGUUCAUAAACGCACAAGAUUGAUUAAUUAAAAUUACAUUUAACAAUAAAUUAUGAAGUAAGAAGAACCAACCCAAGCUCGAUUUGCUCCAGAAAACACAUUAAAUCCAUUUUAAAAUUAGAACGAAUAAUAAUGAAGUAAGGAUACGAAUCAAUUCAGAAAGAAAAAAACACUCGAAAACCCAUGAGCAUAUUUCAAUAAUCGUAUCCAUUCGCAAUAAAACCAUACUAAGACGUAAGAUAGUUGCAUUGACUUCAUUAGUUAUAUUGAGUGGUGGUUUGAUAGACAAUUUGAACAAAUUUUAAAUACAAAGCCCGAAACCGAUCUUAACUGGAGUCUUUAUAGUAACAAAUAAUAUUCAUCUAGAUCAACUAAAUAUUUACAUAAAAAUUCGGAAAUCUUUUGAUGGAAAAAGUAACUGAAGAGACAAGACGCUUGUACACACAAUAAGGAGGGAGUCGCGCAAGUCAAUAGAAAUCGAAUGCUACCAAGCACUGCCAUAUACCACAACUGAAUGCGAUGAUUAAAGUAAUAGAAUACCGAACAAAAUAUUGAAUAAAGAAGCCAUUUUACGAGAAGUAGAGUUCUUGAAGACCACUGACCAGGAAAUGAAAGAGAAAGGGUAACCGGAACAGCAGCAGAAUCUUAAGAACCUCUAGAAGAACCAUACAAUUAUCUAAAAUAGUGAUUUGUAAAGCUUAACGUCUCUCCAGAGGAAGAAGAACAUUUUUUCAGAGACGAGAGGAGAAAGCAGAGCUGGAGAAAACUUUUUAUAGAAGAAAGCACAUAAAAUGAAUGGAAAAACGCUCUUCGGGUUGUAAAGAAAACAUGAAGACAAAGGCAAAAAAUGCAUAAUAAUGUUGCAAACAAUAAAAAAUAAACUUGCCAUAUGAAUAUAAAGGAAUCGCGUUGAAAGACGGUGAAAUUUCAUAAGAUUAGACAGAAUUAAGGCGGACACAACAAAGGGACUUAAACCCCAUCCCGAAAAGGACAAUGUAAGCUGCAGCAGCUGGAUAAGGCCAAAAAUCCGAAAAUUAAAUUAUUGUAGUCUAGUUGGGAGUGAGCGAAGGCAGACACAUAUCCGCUGGCAACAACAAACACCGAAAGAGACUAUGAAAAAUGCACAACUGAAACUGACUGAAGUUGACGAUGACGAGCUGUGGCUGGCAGUUAGAUUACCAAACAGCAACAGCAACACCAACAGCAGCAGCAGCACCAGCAGCAACAAUGAUAACAGUGGCAACCAGAAUAACCAAGAGGAGAAGCAGCAGCCAACACAAUUGCAACCAAGGAGCUUAAGUACAAAACACCACAGCAACAUUGCCCGAAAUCAGCAGACAAAGCACUAUGUAGCCACAGCCUCCAACCAAGUGAGCAAAAAUGAGCAGCAUCAACGGCUAGAAAGCAACAUGUUGUCGUCAGAGACGGACUGGGCUGCAACAACCAAACAACCAACAAACACAAGACUGGGCGCACGCAAGCGACAAAGAUUGCGUCGGCGACGAAAAAGAAAACCAGCAGUUACAGCAGAAAUAGCAAGUGAAGCCAGUGCCACAUCAGCAUCAGCAUCCACAACUAGCAAUAGCAGCAGCAAUCUGUGCCCGACAGCCACCUACAUGCAAUGUCGCACCAGCGACAACAAAGUCAGCAAUCCGAGAUCAAAACAGGACCUGUCCUCGGCCACACUCUCGUGUCUGUGGCUGCUGCAGUUUCACGUGCAGCAUCGAGUGGCUUUCCUGAUUAGAGGGAUCGUGAUCAGCACCACCGCCUUCAUUUCCUAUCUAGGCAGUUCGGCAUCCCAUCUGCACCGGCAUCGCAGGAGCAACAUUUGCAGCACCAAUAAUAGUCAUCAAAGCCACAGCAACAGCAACAGCAGCAGCAACAGCACUAGCACGCAAAUAAUUAACGGACUUAAUAAACACUCAUGGAUAUUUUUAUUGAUAUAUUUGAAUUUAUCUGCUAAAGUUUGCCUAGCAGGAUAUCAUGAAAAGAGACUGUUACAUGAUCUUUUGGAUCCUUAUAAUACACUAGAACGUCCUGUUCUUAAUGAAUCGGACCCGUUACAAUUAAGCUUUGGUUUAACUUUAAUGCAAAUUAUCGAUGUGGACGAGAAAAAUCAAUUGCUGGUCACGAAUGUGUGGCUGAAACUGGAGUGGAACGACAUGAAUCUGCGCUGGAACACCUCGGACUAUGGCGGCGUUAAGGAUCUGCGCAUCCCGCCGCACCGCAUCUGGAAGCCGGACGUACUGAUGUACAACAGUGCGGAUGAGGGAUUCGACGGGACAUACCAGACCAACGUGGUGGUGCGGAACAACGGGUCCUGCCUAUAUGUGCCACCCGGUAUCUUCAAGUCGACCUGCAAGAUCGACAUCACGUGGUUCCCCUUCGACGACCAGCGGUGCGAGAUGAAGUUCGGCAGCUGGACCUACGACGGAUUCCAGCUGGAUUUACAAUUACAAGAUGAAACUGGCGGUGAUAUCAGCAGUUACGUGCUCAACGGCGAGUGGGAACUACUGGGUGUGCCUGGCAAACGUAACGAAAUCUAUUACAACUGCUGCCCGGAGCCCUAUAUAGAUAUCACUUUUGCCAUCAUCAUUCGCCGACGGACGCUCUACUAUUUCUUCAACCUGAUCAUUCCUUGUGUGCUGAUUGCCUCGAUGGCCCUGCUGGGAUUCACCCUGCCACCGGAUUCGGGUGAAAAAUUAUCGCUGGGUGUUACCAUCCUGCUCUCCUUGACCGUGUUUCUAAAUAUGGUUGCCGAGACAAUGCCGGCCACUUCCGACGCAGUGCCAUUAUUGGGUACAUAUUUCAAUUGCAUAAUGUUUAUGGUAGCUUCAUCCGUUGUGUCAACGAUUUUAAUAUUAAAUUAUCAUCAUCGAAAUGCUGAUACGCACGAAAUGUCCGAAUGGAUACGCAUCGUGUUUCUAUGCUGGCUGCCAUGGAUACUGCGAAUGAGCCGGCCGGGAAGGCCACUGAUCCUGGAGUUCCCGACCACGCCCUGCUCGGACACAUCUUCCGAACGCAAACAUCAGAUACUCUCCGAUGUUGAGCUGAAAGAGCGCUCAUCCAAGUCCCUGUUGGCCAAUGUUCUGGACAUCGAUGAUGAUUUCCGUCACAAUUGUCGCCCCAUGACGCCCGGCGGAACACUGCCCCACAACCCAGCUUUCUAUCGCACGGUUUAUGGACAAGGCGACGAUGGCAGCAUUGGACCUAUUGGCAGCACCCGAAUGCCAGAUGCGGUCACCCAUCACACGUGCAUCAAAUCAUCAACAGAAUAUGAACUAGGCUUAAUCCUGAAGGAAAUUCGCUUUAUAACUGAUCAGCUACGUAAAGAUGACGAGUGCAAUGACAUUGCCAAUGAUUGGAAAUUUGCAGCUAUGGUCGUUGACAGACUGUGCCUUAUCAUAUUCACAAUGUUCACAAUAUUAGCCACAAUAGCUGUACUACUAUCAGCACCACAUAUUAUUGUCUCGUAGCCAUAUGGGCGAGGUGGUUAUUGUUAUUGGUUUUAUUAUAAAAUCAAUUUGUUAAUUAUUAAAUUAAUAACGAAACUGUUUAAGUAAAUGAAAACAACCAAAAAAAAAACAAAAAAAACUUUAUAAAACCCUCACAAAAAAAUAGUAAAACUCAUAAUAUAAAAACUUUUUGACUAAAUAAUACAACUAAAAAAAAAAACAAAAACAAAAAACUAAACAAAAAAAUUAAAAGAAGUUUAAAAUUUGUCUCUAAAACACACAAUAAUUUAAAUAUAUAACUCUCCUUAAAAUGUCUUUCAUAAAAUCAAACAUACACUGAAAGAGACUUAAACAUCAUAUACUAAAUCAUUCAAGCUAACUAAUUCCAAUUUUCCUAAAAAUAAAAAAAAAAACAUCUAAACAAAAAUUAAACAAAAAACCCCCAAGCUUUGCCCCAAAAUCCCAAAAAAACUCACUCUCCUCCCCACAAUCCAUUAGCUAUGUUUCUUCUACUGAACAUACAUAUAUAUACAAAUAUAUAUGUUUGACAAACAUGCAAAACGGGUAUAUUUUCUUUUUAAAAUUUUAUAUUUUAUAGGAUAAGUGAGAAGUUUUCAAAAAUAGACAGACGGAUUUUCGAAACUUUUUUUUUUGACAUACUUCUAAGCGAAGUGCAGUAUUUUUAUGGCAACAAACACCUGUCAAACAGCCAGAUCUUUAGUUUGAGAGCUUUAUAGUGAAACAAUGUAGUUGAGAAAUUUCCAAGAUUUAUAUGAUAAAAUGACAUCCCAACGUUUUUGGAUCUGAAAAUGAAUAAUUGAAUUUGUAACCCUCUUGAGAGUUGAAGUGAGUCCAGGGAUUUGUUCCAAGCCGUUUUUGCUACGAUUAGUACCUAGAACAAUUAAGAGAUUCCACGAUAUUCCCUCUCUAGACAGAACUGCAUUUCCAAACACACAGAACCAAUUGACCCAACAUAUCCUCUACUGACUACAUCUAGUUCCCUUUCCCAAACUUAAUUUCAUUUAAAUACGUAUCAUAAAUCCAAAACCAAAGCGAAAACCUAAAAAUAUCCCAAAACCCUGUAAGCUUACCAAAACCAAUAGAAUAACCAAUCUAAAUUGGAAUUACAAACGAUCAAAGAAUUACUAUAUGAUGGAAAAAAUAGUGAUGGAGAAUAAUGAAAAUUGAAUUGAAAUUAAAAUUGAAAGAAUACAAUUAACUAUUUAACGGGAAGGCAGAGUAAAUGAGCCCAGAAUUGCGUUGGUAAAUGAAAUGUUUCCGAAGGACCGCAUUUCAUUCUAACUGACGUAGCACGAGACAAAGGAAUUUUGAAAUUUGAAUGGUUGCGAGCAAUAAUAUCUGCGUGUUGAUGAAUUGCAUGAUUUUUUGGUGAUGCAAACGAUGAUCGAACGAGCUAUUGCACGACGGCCUCGACGGCGGGCAAGAGCUCGCUCCUUCAACGCAUUGAGAACAGCGAUCCUAUAUACAGUCUAACUUUCGGUAUUGAUUUCACUCGUUUUGUAAUUUGUUUUAGCUAUCGAAAUGCGAAUACUCAAAGUUAUAACACUGUAAGACCAGAAAGCAAUUCACCACAGAUCACAAACAAUCGAUCGAGGGAAAGACAAACAAUUACUCGAUAUUUACCAAUAACAAUGAACAUCACAAGACCCUGUAACACAUGACAUGCCGGUGCAUGGGUAAUUAUGUGCUUGCUUAAGUAUAGAGUGCACAAAACAUACUAGAUCACAGACCACAACAACCAAAACAUAUAAACCAAGGAGCUUUAUACAGAUAUAUACUAUAUGUACAUAUAUAUGAUCGAGUUGAGCCAGACCCGAAAAACUCAACUUUUCGUAUAUCUGUAACCCACAAAAUCCACACAAACACUCGAGUCCAGACAGAAAGUACGACUAUUGUUCUAUACAAGGAUAUUAUCUUGCAGUAUGUUACUGUCCGCUAACUUUCCAAGCACACAAUUUCUGCCACAAAACAAGAGAUACAAGCACUAAAAAUCUUAAAAAUUACCACUGCCUGGGAAAUGAACACGGAAGUGUAUGGGACCAGAUGGAGUAUUCAGUUCGAAGAAGAGCCGUCUAGCAGUAUGAUUUUUGUCGAUAGGCGACCCAAGUGCUCCACUUAGUCCUUGAAAUACUUCUCUAAACAGAUCCCUACGGCGAAAAAUAUUAAAGACAGCAAUACCUACUUUGACAAAUUUCACACUAACUUUUCUUUCCACGUCGAAGCAAAGAAAACGUUCGAAAUGAAAUUAGCUUUAUAAUUUUUAAGUUACAGUUAUUCUGCUUCUAAUUGUAAAUCUUGUGCAAUGUAAACAAUCAGAAUUUUUCUUUGAAUAUAAACAAAAUGAACAACCAAUACAUAAGCAAUCGAACAUAUAGAUCACAGUAAAGAAUAAAAAUAUGUCAAAAAUAAAUACGGAUUAACGGAAGGUAAUGGAAAGGUACGAUUAGUAAAUAACUAUGUCAUUCAAAUUAGACUAGGCUACACAAGAAAUACCAUAAACUGUAUGUAUUUGAGGACUCUCCCUGCAGAGCUAUCAGAAAUCGAUUGGACAUGUUUGCAAUAGUCUUACACACGAGAUCAUUAAAUAUAUUGGGAACGACAAGCAAAUCGAAAAACCGAUAAAGAAUAUUGAAAGUUUUUUUUUUUAGUUUUGUUAAUUUCUCUAGCUUAAAAAUAAACUCAGAGAUUUUGUAUGACAAACUGUACAAAUUUCUGAUUAAACUUACUACAUUUUUGGGUUGAUUUAUUUUAGAAUGGCUUGAAUUAGUAUAAAUAAGAUUUAGCUUUUGAUAAACGAUUGAAAGUGUAAAAUAAUAUGAGAACUUGAAAUAUUUUGAAAGGUGAAAUUCUUUUUAAAUUUUGUUGAAUGCCCACAAAGGCAGUAAGAGCAGGUGGGGUUUUUUCUUAAUCUUUUGAUAAAAAUAUUUUUUAUUUUUUAUACUUUUCCAAUACUUACGAAUGUCAGUGAGAACUCUUAACGAUAGAUUUCAAUCCUAAUGCUUAAGAAAAUGUAACAAAUAAUAAUAGUGAACAUAGAAAACAAGCUGCCAGCAUGAAAAAUAAAAACAAUAACUAAUUUUAAAUAUUUUAUACAUUUCCCUCAAUUGUGCUUAUUUAAUGCAAAAUGAAUGAAAAGGAAACCCAACUGAAAUAGCUGACGAAAGUUUUCCAAUAGCAAUCAAUAACUGGAUCAUGUUCGACACUCACAUAGCUGAUGUUGGAUACAAGUUUUCAUAUAAGCAAUUUUUAAGAAAAGCGUCACCACAGUAAAUAAAUAUAUAGGAAAUAGAAAGGCUCUAUAGGCUGCAAAUUUAAUCGAAAGAAUUGUUCACAGCCAGGCUUCUGAGCAAGUUGAUUGAGAUGGAACUAAUAAAGUUAAAUGCAUAAAUCGAAGGUUUGGCGAAUAAUUAGUUCAUCAAACACGACACACAGGUAUACAUAUAUAAAAUAUGCGUACAUAUAUUAUAUAUAUGUGCACUCUCACAGGCGUAUAUACGUAUAUAUCUAUCUGAGUAUGUAUGUGCGGGCAUAUAUGUGUGUAUACUUCUUUUUUACACUGACAAAAAUUAUAUAUAUGGAUACAUCGCAUACUAUGUAAUAAAAUAAAAAUAAAAUAUUUGAAGCAAAUGAUGAACAUUUUUCCUACAACUAGUUGCAUUUAAAUGAAUUUUAAAAAAAUAUACAUAAAAGGAUAUAUUUAUUAAAAACUAAAACAAAAAAAAAGGAACAAAAUAAAUAAAACACAAAUCCAAAAUCCUUUCUCUACUGAAUAAAAACACAUAACACUUUAAAUUAAUAUUAAACUAGUCAUUUAAAUGGGGUUCAAUGAAUACCAAGCAAGAUCAAGCAAAAUGAAAUUGUAACCUAGAAAUAUUUAAAUUAAAAUAAUUUUAAAAAGUGAAAAAGAAACAAAGAAAUAGCAAAAAAUAAAGCGCUGAUUUUUUAUGUCGUUAUUAGUAUUUAAAUUUAAAUAAUUGCAUAUACAUAAUACAUAAUUAAAUAAAAAAAAAAAAAAAAACAAAAACAAAAAACAUAAUAUAUGACAUACCAAAUUAGAAGAAAAUUGAAAUUGGUCAUUUUGACCUAAAUAGUAAAUUAUAGAAAUGAAAAAUAAAAAAAAAAUGAAAGAAACAAUGAAAAGACAAGAUGGAAUCCCAAGUAAAACGAUUGUAAAAUUUUAAUUAUUAUUAUUCAAUAAUAAAAACAACAAAAAGAUUUGACAGAAAUACAGAAAAAAAAAUAUUUUAAGUUUUAUUCUCAUUUACAUCUUAAAAAUAUCAACUGGAGAUCACAAGAGGAGCGAUACAACUGUGAGGGCGAUCUAAGGCGAGGAUCUUUCUGCACCAACACGGAUCAACUCGGAAAGGUAAAUUCUGUUUAAAUCUAGCGACACUAGAGUAACUAAGGACUAUGGUAAUGUUUAUAACAAAAUGUAAAUAUAUUUUAUCAAUGUUCAUGAUAUCGUAACUCAUUAUAAUAUACAUUCAUUGCAAAAACACUGUAUACACUGUAAAAAUUAAAACUUAGACUAUGUAGUAGCGAAAGGCAAACGAAAUGUUUUGCAUAAUCAAUGAAUAACUUGAAAAUAUUUUUGACAUUUAUAUUCAAAGUGGUAAAAUUUCAUACAUGAUUUAAAAGAUAUAGACCUUUUGAAAAUUUUACUAAAAGAAAAUUCUGAUUCCUCGCGCAGUUUGUCAACAACCGGCUGAAAUUAAAAUCCUCUUCCUUCUUUAGAAUCCUCCUAUUUAAUAAAAAUGUAUAAAUAAAUAACUAGCUAGCCAAACCUACUGAUUUUAGCUGCAGCUAAAGGAAUUCUGCGUGUAUGUAUGAACUUUAUUUUCAUUUUAUCCAUUUUGUGGACACUUGAAUCUCUCAAAAAUUCUAUAUUUAAACCAAUAUUUCGGCAUGAUUUCUUUAAGACCUUCUCUUUAUUUUCAAAGUCCACACAAUCUAGCUUAAUUAUCUAAAAACCAUACACAAUAACUUUAGUUUUGAGUCAUCUCUACCCGCUUGUGCACUUUUUCUUAUACAUUUGCUUUUGCAUGUUACCGUCACAUCAUUAUCAAGUGUUGUAUGAAAUAUAUAUCUAUGUGAAAAAUAGCUAACAUAUUAUUUUAUGUAAUCCUGUUUCUGAUUGCCAACACACCCGCGAGUUUCUUUUGGACAUUUCUACGCCGUUGAAAAUUCGUGUUAGCCACAACACCGGAGGAGUACAUUUUGAAUUCAAAAUUUCACUCAACUUUGGUUAUUGAUAAUGAUUUUAUAUAAAUUCUGUAAU